AUGCGCAAAAAUCUGAGAUGGGAGAUUUUGGGCUUGAUCAUGGCGAUUGCCGGCUCUAGUGCCCAGUUCACAUCGCCUAACGACCCCCUCUUCACAUUAGAAGAUGGCAAGCAGAUGAAUAGAGAGGAGUUCAUCGAGGACAUAAUGCAUGCAACCAAUACGUGUAUCAACAUCUGCCAAACACAUGGCGCUGUCAAUGAGCAUCAUGCUACUUGGAGGCGCAUGGGCGACAGUGUAUCCGCGCUCUACGCUGCGGGAAUCCACUGCGAGGCUUGCAACGUAGACGGUAGCAACGCAGAACCAUUCUUCAUGCGCGAAUUUAGGAGACGACUCUACGCGGCGAUAUAUUACGGCGACAAGACACUAGCGGUGUUCUACGGAAGGCCUCCAAUGAUGGGCUGGAGAUACAGUGACCGCAAGAUGUUGUUGGACAUUAGCGAUCGCGCUAUGGCCUCGGACGAUACUGAAGUACUCAAUGCUGAGCUCUCGAAGCUCGACAGCGACGGUUGGAAUACCGAAUGUCAUCUGCACCCUACUACUUUCGGUAGAAUGCGAUGCCAACUUGCUGUGUUCAAAGAGAGAUUGUUAGAGCAAAGUCUUGCAGGCGAAAAGGAUAGCGAAGUGGUGCGGAAUGUCGAGUACGUCUAG